CCAAUGUCCGUAGAAAAUAUAAUAAACAUCCGGUUCGUGAUGUUUUGACAGAUUAAACUAUUAUAGGCGUUAAAAAUAUCUAUGACAAAACUGAUCUAUAAAACUAGAUGCAUUAGCAUUCACAGACUGGAAGACAAACAAACCUAAAUAUGACGAUUGGAUGGGUAACCCUUGAUGUGGGGGAACAGGCCCUGGUGUACAAUCAUGAGGGGGUCGCAAGAAUUGAAAACGGACCACAAAGGAUGUUUCUGUGGCGUGAGAGAUACAAUGUCCUUGAGAGAAAUGCAGCCAACCAGAAUUCCUACCUAGUUGUGCAGUACAGGGAUGGACGUGUGGAGCACAAGAAAGGGCCAUGUGUAAUGUAUACCAAUCCAUUGGAGCAUUUUCGCAUCAACAUAAAAGAGAUGAUUUCAUUGGAUGCGAAUGAAGCCCUGGUCGUCUACAGGGAGGACGGUACGACCAAGGAGGUAUCCCGCUAUGUCCAGUUUGGCCCCACCUUGGUUAUGCCUCAGGCCAACGAAUGGUUCCAUUCCUUUAGUUGGCACGGGACGGAUCCCAACAACAAGACUCUGCUGAUCCCGAACGCCAGCCAGUUCCAGAAGUUACAGAUCAUCCCAGGAAACUUCUACUACAACGUCGACGAAGUGAGAACCAAAGAUGAUGCACCAAUCAGAAUCAAGCUAAUGGUGUUCUACGAGUUAAAGGAGAUAGAGAUUAUGCUGAAUGCCACAAAAGAUCCUAUAGCAGACAUUAUAAACUGUGUUUGUGCUGAUGUGGUGGCCUUUGCUGCUAAAUACAGCUACAUUGAGUUUAUGGAGAGAUCCUCAGAACUGAAUGAUCUUGCUAACUACCCUCAACUGAUGGAACGCAGCAAAAAGAUUGGCUAUGAAAUCUCCAAAAUGGUGUAUCGUGGGUACCAUGCUCAUCCUGAGCUUCAGCGUAUCCAUGAUGCGUCGAUUCAGACUCGAACAAGGCUCAAACUCGCUUAUGAAAAAGAACAACAACAGCAAAACAUGACUGACCUGAAAUUGAAGAAUGACAGUGACCGUCUACAACUCGAGCAAACCAUGGAAAUUGAAAGUCUGAACCACAAGCAGAGCAUGGAAAAGGCAGCAAUGGAACACAAACUUGUCCUGAAGAUUCAGGAGACAGAAAAGGAAAGAGACCGCUUGGUAGAAGACAAGAUGUCUGUACUAGAGGCAAAGAAGGAGGAUGACAGACAGUUACUACAGCACUACAAGGAACUCCACAGGCUGGGUGUGGAUCUAAAUCAGUUCCUCCAGUCAGAGGCGCGUCAGCCCCAGAAAGUGGUCCGGAUCACAGCCGCAGACAAAGCCGCAAACUUCCACAUCCACCGCAGCUAAACACACCACUGGCACCACCACUGUGUCACAGGGAGUGGCUUCUUUGUGAGCUCUAUGUGAAAUCUCUGUCCCCUCUACCAUACCAGCCAUCUUUGUAAACCAUAGUUAACAUCUGUUGCUCUCUGUCUGUGUACAAGAAUUCAUUGAGUUGAAUACACCCUUUCCCAAUCGGCAAUGUAUUCCCACAAUUUCUGUGAUAUGUACAUACUGAAGUAGGACAACUAUUCAAUGUGCAUCUAACACCAUAAUCUUUUUUUUCCCACGUUCUGCCCCUUGUUAUCACUGAUUUUUUGUGAGCUCUAUGAUAUGUGAAAUCCUUGUCCCCUAUACAAUACCAACCAUCUUUGUAAACCAUAGUUAACACUUGUCCUCCAACAAAUUACAGUAACUGUUGUUCCUUUGUAUGUACAGCAUAUUCAUUGAGUUGAAUACACCCUUUAACAAUCAAACACUAAGCUGUUGACAGCAUUUAUCAUGUUGAUUAAUUGUAUGCUUUGCAGUUAACUUGCAGUACUUUUUUGGGUAUUGUCACUUAUCAUUAUUGGUUUAAAUAACAUCUUAUGGCAAUGUAUUGCCACAAUUUCUAUGGUCUGUAGAUUCUGGUCUAUGAUAGAUAUUCAGUGUGUAUCUAUAACACCAUCAGCUUUUUUUUCUCUCAUAGUCUGUCCAAAGUUAUAUUUUUUCACCACACUUUGGCUACUUUUUAUUAAAGUACACAUACCUAUCAAGUAGUACUACUACAUUGUGUCAUUUAGGUACUUUCAUGUCUGUUGCAAUGCAAAAUCCCUCUACGUUUUUUAUAUUUUUUAAAACCUGACAAGCUAGAUUGGGCGUUUCAAAAGAGAAAUCUUGGAAUUUUUUUCAUACUUUUAAGUAAAAUUCCAAUUGAAACUUGUUGUAUGUAUAAAUAUCUAGUAAUUUAACCCCAAAAAACGAUGUGAGAACUUUUUGUAUUGAUUUUUAUAAAUUAAUUUAUAAAAUUAUUUAUUAAUUUAUUUGUUUCAUUUAUUAUUAUUAAUUAUUUAUAUUUUUAUAGAUUUAUAAAUGAAUUUUUUAUUAUGAAUUUCCAACGGUUUAUACAGAAACAGUUUUCAUGCUGGUUCAACAUAUAAUAUUUGCACCAAUACUGUAUUACAUACAUGUAUAAGUUUAAAUGUAUUUGUUCUCACUGUUUUACAUAAUGUGUUAGUACUGUAGAAUUUUCUUUGUAGCUAUACAUGUGAUCUGUAUGCCCUUAAGUUUUCUGUCAGGGAAUAAUGGAUGUGGCAAUAUAUGAUAUACUCAGCGUGGGUCCAUUUUGAUACAGAAUUUUAGAAGCCCAUAUGACAGUAAAUAUUUAUUAUGACAAUGACAAUCAUAUAUAUUAGUUUUAGAAAUCCAUUUUCUUUAUAUUCUUACAGAUAAUUGUACAGGGUAAUACAAACUUUAGAUUGUUUACAAUUAUUUAAUAUCCUAAUUACUAGUUUGAAUUAUUAUGAUUUAAUUUCAUUUAAAAAAUUUUUUUUUAAUAAAAUCAGGUGUUUAUCAUGCAAUUUUAGUGUCAGUGUCAGGUGUUUGAUAAACUACAAUUAUUUACAUUGUGUAUUAUUUCUGUAACUUAUUAUUGAUGUACAGUCUAUUUAUUAUUGUGCCGUACUGAACAAUCAUAAUGUUACUAUCUUCAUUAUAUUAACACGUUUAUUUAUACACGAGAUUUAAUGCAUUUGGAAGAAUUAUCUCUCCUGAGAAUUGAUAGUACAUAGUAACAAACGGUUUCUACAAAAUGAAUAUACAAAGUACAUUGUAACAUUACGUAAGAAUCCAUUUAUUUAAAUCAUCAAUUUAUAAUUAUCAUAAUUGUACAUGUAAUAUGUUGUUAUAUUUUAAUGAAAUAAAGACUUUUUAUAUUAA